AUGCGCGUCGCCCCGAUGUUACGAUGCGGCGUCGCGUCGACGUCGAGCUCGACGCGCGCCUCGAGCGUCGCGGCGUCGCCGACGCCGCGACGCGACGACGCUCGGAACACUACUAUUUCCCGAGCCCGUCGCCAGCGUGGCAUCAGCGAUUCCCGCGCGUCCUCGCGCGCGCGCGCGGUCGACGACCGCGGCGCGUCCUCGCGCGCGCGCGCGGUCGAGACGACGAGCGCGUCCACCGCGUCCGUCGACCUCGCGACGUCCGCGCUGAAACGCGGCGACGCGCACGAACCCGGCGCGUCGCGCCGCGGCCGCGACGAGCGCGCGCGAGAUCGCGAAGACGACGGCAUCCGACACCACGAGCCCGCGCUCGUGUGCUUCACGGGCGGGACGGCGUUCAACGGGAUCGUCGACGAGCUCCUCGACCUCACGUCCAGGGUCACGCACGUCCUCCCGGUCAGCGACGACGGCGGCAGCACCGCGGAGAUCGUCCGCGUCUUGGGCGGGCCCGCGGUCGGCGACCUCCGCUCGCGAUGCCUGCGCCUCUCGGACGAGUCCACCGGCGAGGCGCGCGCGGUGAAGGAGCUGCUCGCGCACAGGCUCCACGCGACGGACAGCGCGGCGGCGAAAGCGGAGUGGUACAGGAUACAGGAGGGCGACCACCCGCUGUGGGGGGAGAUAUCCGAGCCGUACGCGGACAUCAUACGCAGUUUCCUUCUGUACUUUCACAGCCAAGUCACCGCGGCCAAGGUUGGGAGCGACGGCGCGUUUGACUUCGUCAACGGAAGCGUCGGCAACUUUUUCUUCGCCGGCGCGCGAAUGUUUUUCCGAUCCAUGGAGGCGGCGAUCUUGUUGUACUCGCGCGUGAGUCGCAUCCCGGACGAAUCGCUGGUCGUUCCGAACAUCCUGCUCCCGGAUAACGUCCGCGUCGCCCUGGGCGCGGAGCUCGUGGACGGGUCGACGAUACGAGGACAGAACGAGAUCUCGCAUCCGGCGCCGGAUGCGAAAUUUUUCAAGAAGGACGCGCCGUCCAGCGCCGCGAGAGCGCUCGCGACGUCGUCCGAGUUCUGGAAGGGCGUGAUAAAGUCCGGCGCGCUGCCGGAUUUCACCGCGAGCGAGUUCUGGGGCGGGCUGCAGGUCAGCAAGGACGGACACGAGCGCGUGCGGGACGCGAUCGCGGACGGGAACUACUGGUCCGCGGGGGAGCUGUUGAAAUCGCGGCUGUACGACCUCACCGUCCGUCCGCUCUCGGUGUGGGACAUGGACAAGGCGAUCGCGCAAGAAAAGUACGACGACCUGGACUCGCCGAUAUCUCGCGUCUUCUACCUCUCCACGGAAGAUCCGACGUCCGUGGCCGCGGUGUACCCGAACGUGAACCCGACCAUCGUGCGACAGUUGGAACGCUGCGACGGCAUCGUCUACGGCCUCGGGUCGCUGUACACGUCCAUCGUCCCGUCGUUGAUCCUUCAGGGCGUCGGCGAGGCGGUCGCCGCGAGGAAAGGCCCGAAGGUGCUCAUCUUGAACGGCGGGCCGGACAGGGAGACCGGCAACAUGCCCGCGAGCGGCGUCGUCACCGCCGUCGUGGACGCGCUGAACCGCGCCAAGGACCCGGACGUCUCUCGUCGGCGAUCGCCCGCCGGCGCGACGAGCGAGUACGUGGACGUGGUGAUCGCGCCCAGGGGGGGCGGGAUCCCGUUGGACGUCGACGAGCUGUACGCGAUGGGGGUGAAGCGGGUCGUGGAGGUGGACGCGGUGAAGAAGAACGAGCGAGGCGCGGAGUACGACGUGCAGGCGCUGAUCGACGAGCUUCGUCGGUGCUUCCCUCGCGAGUAGGACGACGACGGCGACUUGGCGGAGUUCGCGCUCGUGAUCAACUAGGAGGAAAGGUAAGGUAAGGUAAGGUUAUCAUC